AUGGGAAACAACAACUCCAGCCAAGGCGGAUCUGGCUCCAAGGGCUCUGCCGGGCCUGAUGGACCUCUUCAGUCUUACCCGUCUUUUAGUCGGUCUGACACCAAGGAAUCCUCUCGUUCGUUCCGUUCCCUAGGAUCCAAGAUCCGCAGCAGCAGCAAGUCGGACAGCCCUAGGAACUCAAGGGUUUUGUCCAACGGCGAAAAUCCGACCGAAUCUAAGAGCGAGGAAAGACGUUCCAGUAGGCAUGGACGUUCAAGCUCGUCCCGAUUGAGCCGUAGCGAGCUCCCUCCCCUCAACACCGCCGGAACAGACAUGUCAGCAUCCGAAUCGGCCGUUGCAGAUUCCGCCGUCGGGGAGGACCAGCCUCCUCCUUCUCCCGUCCACGGUAACACCAAAGGCGGUAACCACGAUGUUAGUGCCGCGCAAGCAUCGGGAGAGGUCGAUCACGUUUCGGAUCAGCCUCCCUCUGUCAAUGCUGGAGCCAAUGCGCACAUGCAAGCUCCAGGACAGUCGAUUCUGGUUAAGCGCGAGAACACCAUCAACCCAGUCAACGCUAGUCCGUCUGAUGAGUCCAAGGUUGAGGGCAACUCCAACGUCGCCAUGUCUGAAAUUAAGGAUAUCGAUCUCGACGACUUCAUUAAGAGACUCUUGGAUGCGGGCUACGCUGGAAAGGUUACUAAGAGCGUCUGUCUCAAGAACGCUGAAAUUGUUGCUAUCUGCCAGAGAGCACGAGAAGUUUUCUUGUCGCAGCCCGCUUUGUUGGAGUUGGAUGCGCCUGUCAAGGUUGUGGGUGAUGUCCACGGACAGUACACCGAUGUUAUCCGGAUGUUCGAGAUGUGUGGAUUCCCUCCCAACUCAAACUACCUUUUCCUUGGCGACUACGUUGAUCGAGGAAAGCAGUCGCUCGAGACUAUCCUGCUGCUCCUCUGCUACAAGCUCAAGUUCCCCGAGAACUUUUUCCUCCUCCGAGGAAACCACGAAUGCGCCAACGUCACACGAGUUUACGGCUUUUACGAUGAAUGCAAGCGAAGGUGCAAUGUCAAAAUCUGGAAGACGUUUAUUGACUGCUUUAACACUCUUCCUAUUGCCGCGAUCGUCGCCGGCAAGAUCUUCUGUGUUCACGGAGGAUUGUCACCAGCGCUAGUUCAUAUGGACGACAUCCGAAACAUUGCUCGACCUACUGAUGUCCCCGAUUAUGGACUGCUCAACGAUCUUCUUUGGUCAGACCCCGCAGACAUGGAGCAAGAUUGGGAAGCAAAUGAAAGAGGCGUUAGUUAUUGUUUUGGUAAACGGGUUAUUACGGAGUUUUUGGCAGUACACGAUUUUGAUCUUAUCUGUCGAGCACACAUGGUGGUUGAGGAUGGCUAUGAAUUCUUCAACGAUAGGGUUUUGGUGACAGUCUUCAGUGCCCCCAAUUACUGCGGUGAGUUUGAUAACUGGGGCGCCGUUAUGUCGGUAUCAGCCGAGUUGCUCUGUAGCUUUGAGCUGCUUAAGCCUCUCGACUCGAGCGCUCUCAAGAGCCAUAUCAAGAAGAGCCGAAACAAGCGCCAGCAUAUGCUCAACAGUCCACCCGCCAUGAUCCAGCCUCAGAGCAUGUAA